GAAUCCUAAGUAACUGCCAUGGCAAAUGGCCACCUCUCAUUGUUGUCACCAAUGCCGUCUUGGAUCCAAACUCCAUUUUUACUUUCUCUGAGCUUCCGAAGAGUCUCUUUCUCUCUCUGUGUAUUGUAGUGCCGCUGUUUUAAUGCAUUUUUUAACAACGAAAGCAAUCCACUAUAGGCUCCUAGUGCAUCCCACAUUCCCUCUCCAUUAGAGGCACUCAAACCGAGGCCUUCUUAUCAUCUCCCAGAUCCCAAUCAAUAUUCCUGCCGUUUAGCUGCCGGCUCGUCCGGCAUGGCCCCGUCGACGACGACUAUAAAUGACCACCGCCGAGUGGUUUCCGUGGUUGGCGGUGGCGGAGCUAUGUUCGGUGUUGAUUCUGGAGAGCUCAUUCGAGAAAGUGGCCGCGAUAGCUUGUGUGAGAGGCACGCGAUAGUCCCCGGCAAAAAUGGCCCCCGGCCUCGGCGUCGGCUUACUCGGCAACGGUCGUGCAAAGAAAACAUUAAUCACUUUGCUGCUGAGACGUAUUUGAUUUCUAGGCUGGCUUUCACGCUUUUGCAAUAUUUGGGGGUAGGUUACAGCUGGAUUACACAGUUACUUGCCCUUGGAUGUUAUGCCUUGCUACUGAUGCCGGGUUUUCUACAAGUUGCAUAUCACUAUUUUUUCUCAAAGCGAGUAAAGCGAAGUGUUAUUUAUGGAAAUAUGCCGAGAAAUAGGAUGGAUCUGUAUUUACCUGCUAAUAUUUGUGAACCUAAACCAGUUUUGAUAUUUGUAACUGGUGGAGCAUGGAUUAUUGGGUAUAAAGCCUGGGGUUCCUUUUUGGGACUGCAGUUGGCAGAAAGAGACAUUAUAGUGGCAAGCAUUGAUUACAGAAAUUUUCCCCAGGGAACCAUCAGUGAUAUGGUCAAAGAUGUUUCGCAAGGAAUUUCUUUCAUUGUGGACAAUGUAGCUGAUUAUGGAGGUGACCCUAAUAGGAUUUAUUUAAUGGGGCAGUCUGCUGGUGCUCAUAUUUCUGCUUGUGCUUUAUUGGACCAAGCAAUCAGAGAAUCUGGAAAUGGAGAAAGUGUUUCUUGGAGCAUCUCCCAGAUAAAAGCUUAUUUUGGAUUAUCUGGAGGGUACAACUUAUUGGAUUUAGUAGAUCACUUUCAUCAACGUGGCUUAUAUCGUUCCACUUUUUUAAGCAUUAUGGAAGGUGAACAAUCGUUGAGAAAGUUUUCCCCAGAAGUCAAAGUUCUGGACUCGAGCUUUAAAGAUGCCACUCUUCUCUUGCCUCCUAUUAUUCUGUUUCAUGGAAGUGAUGAUCGUUCCAUACCAUCAGAAUCCAGUAAAAAGUUUGCCGAUGCUCUAACGAAGGUGGGUGCAAGAACUGAGCUAGUUCUAUAUGAUGGAAAAACACAUACAGAUUUGUUUGUCCAAGAUCCAUUGCGAGGUGGUAAAGACGACCUAUUUGAACACAUGGUUUAUAUCAUACAUGCUGGUGACGAUGAAGCUCUUGCAAAGGAUGCGACAGCUCCACCAAGAAGACGCCUUGUCCCUGAGGUGUUAAUAAAGCUAGCCAGCAAGAUCAGCCCCUUCUAACCUUUUCGCAUUUCUCAGGUUUCCUUCAUGUGUAGGUAGUUUAGUUCCUCCCCCUCCCUUGCUUGUUCUAUUUAGAUGCAUUACUGUUCUUAAUAUAUUCCUCCGAUUUGCCUAUUUAUUCACUCCAUCUUCCACAUAAUCUGAUAUAUUUUUUGUCAAGAGUCGUGUAAUCUAGUUUUGAAUCUGAGCUGGGGUUCUAGAUAGAAUAGAUAUAAUCAUCAAUAUCAAGUCAAUCCCCCCCCCCCCCAAUCGAUAUCAAGUCAGUUCUAUUCCAUAUAAAGUAUAAAAUGUACAUGGAACCAUGUUAUUCAUUAUGGUUUAUAAAUCGUAUCAAUUCCAUGUAAA